AUGUGUCUCACAGACGAGCGCAAGUUCCCCUUCUUCUCCCUUCCAGCAGAGUUGAGAUGUAUGGUUUACCGCGCAAUCCUGACCAUGACCAGCACCAUCACCAGAUCCACCAAAGAGCAUCUCAAAAAUGACGAGCAACCCACGCAAGCCUCCCAGCAGCUCGAACCAAUAACGAAUUUCAACAACCUUGCCUGGUCCUGCAAACAAAUCCGCAGCGAGCUAUUCUACGAGCACAUCGCCUACGUCCUUCCUCUCACGCAGAUCCAUCUGGGCAGCGCCUACCGCACCCCCACACCUUCAGCCCUAGCUUUAACCAAUCAUGCGAUUCUCCAACAGCUACAGUUCUCUGCCUUCCUCACCCAGCACAUCUACCACCGACUCACGAGCACGAGCGCGAACGGGCCAGUGCUGUCGGGUUCAGGCCCGGGUGUGGCCGAGGAGGAGGCCGAGGAGAGGAACGAUAGUGACAAUGGCAGUGACGAGGGUUACUAUGAAUUCGCGCACUUCUUUUGCAUCACACAGUGGUACCAGAUGAGGAGAGUCGAAGAGGAGCAGUAUGAGAGGACUGGGAUUUGGGAGAGGAUGGAAGAGGAGUAUAAGGGUGGCGAUGAGAGUAAGCAUGUUUUCGCUGAAGUCAGGGAGAAGUGGCUUCGUCGAAAUCCGAAACAUAAUAUACCGGCCAAUCUGGACUCUACCCUUCACCGCGGCCUCACCACCGGCCUCGAGUCCCUCGCCCUAACUUGCCGCAAGGUUCGUGACGAAGUACUCCACGAAUACAUGACCCACAUACUUCCCUUUACGCAAAUUCACCUGGGCAGUAAAAACAGAAUCCUCCAAGGGCUCUGGGCGUCUUCCCUCCUUACCCAACACGUCAAACACGUCAGCCUCCUCUGGGGCAGUUGCGUUUGCGCCAGGGAUGGAGAUGUGGUUCAACCUGGGAAUUACCCUGGGGGCCUUCGUUGGCUGUUAAAACUGCAGCAGCUGACGAGUUUGGAGUUGGUGUUUACCGACGCUCGGUACAAUGCUAUGCAAAGAUUUACCAGGAGCGGUUUAGCACUGCCGGUCGCAGCUGACGAGGAUUGGGAUGAGGAGAAUGAUGGCGAUGAGGACUGGGAUGAGGAGAAUAAUGGCGACCAUGACGAGUUUAUGGACUGGUUUUGCUUCGAUUGCUGGGAACAACUAAUGGGCUUGCCGCACACUUUGGAAAAGGUGAUUUUUAAAGUGUGGUGUGGCGCCGGUGAGAACGGCGAGGCUGCUGUCCCUGUUGUCAGAGAGACAUGGGAGGUAACGAAGUGGUUUCGGAGGAUGAAGGUUCUAGAAGAGAGGUAUCAGAGGAGCCGGAAUCUGAAUGUUGAGGAUGGAGUGAAACAUUUGGUGGUGGUGGAGGAGGAAGUGGACGAUGUGGAUGAGAACGAGGAACCGCCAACGUACCGGAUCGAGCAUCACGUCGGCGACGUUGAUGUUGAGUGGCCUCUGUCUGAUACAAUCUGA